UUUGCUAGCACAUUACAUGCACCACUUACUGCGCAAACGCUAAAAUAUUGUGUUAAGUAUGAAUAAAACUAUAAAGUGAAUCUCAAAAGUGGUUCAAGAUGGCGGGUCGAAUAGAGCUAGCAAAUUUAGUGUGGGUGAAACCAGAAGGGAAUACUGAGUUUGACAUCCCAGUAGCAGUGAAGGUUCUCCAAAGCGGUGAUGGCAAGGUACGAGUGCAAGAUGAUGACGGCAAGAUCUACAUCACCUCCAUCAAUAACGUCAUCAAACCGUUGCAUGCGACCUCCAUAACAGGAGUUGAAGAUAUGAUUACAUUAGGAGAAUUGCAAGAAUAUACGAUCUUGCGUAAUUUGCAUAUACGGUACAUCCAACAGCACAUAUACACAUACACAGGCACCAUGUUAAUAGCAAUCAAUCCUUAUGAAAUUUUGCCUAUUUAUACCAUGGAUCAGAUCCAAUUUUACCAAGGAAGGAACGUUAGUGAAGUACCACCUCACAUAUUCGCAAUUGGGGAGAAUUCUUAUAAGGAACUAUUAGAUACAUCAUCGAAUCAAUGUAUAGUAAUUAGUGGAGAGAGUGGCGCUGGAAAAACCGAAAGCACAAAACUCCUGCUGCAAUAUUUAGCUGCUGCUAGUGGGAAGCACUCAUGGAUUGAACAACAAAUACAAGAAACAAAUCCCAUAUUAGAAGCAUUUGGAAACGCCAAGACGGUUCGGAAUGACAAUUCUUCAAGGUUUGGGAAAUAUAUCAACAUAUAUUUUAGUAGAAAAGGUGCUAUCGAAGGAGGAAAUAUUGAUCAAUAUUUGUUGGAAAAAUCAAGAAUAGUUUUUCAGAAUCAAGGAGAAAGAAAUUAUCAUAUUUUCUACAGUCUUGUAAAGGGUCUGACAAGUGAUGAAAGAAAAAAACUAGAAAUAGGCCGACCAGAAGAUUACACGUAUUUGAAUUCUGGCAACACUAUUACUUGCGAUGGACGUAAUGAUAUUGCAGAGUUUAAUGAUAUAAGAUCUGCUUUUAAAGUUCUUAACUUUACAGAUGAAGAAGUAUGGGAUAUUUUGAGUUUACUUGCUUCAAUAUUACAUUUCGGAAACAUGAAAUUCAAAUCAUUUAAUUUUAAUAACAUUGAAUCAUCAGAAGUUGCCGACGCUGUAAAUGCGAAUCGCAUUGCAGCGAUAUUGGGAGUUAAUAAGACUAACCUGUGUGAUGCUUUAACUCGUAAAACGAUUGUCAUUCAAGGUGAAAAAGUUAUUUCAACCAUAACCCAGUCAGCAGCUGUAGAAGGAAGAGAUGCUUUGGUUAAAUCCAUUUAUGGUUACAUAUUUGAAUAUAUUGUAGAAAUGAUCAAUAAAACAUUGCAUAAAGACCAGACAUUAUCGAGUGGAUCAGUUGGUAUACUAGACAUCUUUGGGUUUGAAAAAUUCGAUUCAAAUAGUUUCGAGCAACUGUGCAUUAAUUACGCUAACGAAAAUUUGCAGCAGUUUUUUGUGCGACACAUUUUUAAACUUGAGCAGGAGCAGUACGAAAAGGAAGGCAUAACAUGGGAUAAUAUUAAUUACGUUGAUAAUCAAGAAAAUCUGGACAUGAUCGGAGUGAAACCCAUGAACUUGCUAGCAUUGAUCGAUGAGGAGUCAAAGUUUCCAAAAGGUACUGAUGUAACUCUUCUUACCAAAUUGACGUCAAAUCACAGUGAAAGGUCUUGUUACAUUACUCCUAAAUCAUCGCGUGACCACAGAUUUGGUAUAAAACAUUUUGCUGGAGAUGUUUAUUAUGAUGUAAAAGGGUUCCUGGAUAAAAAUCGAGACAUGUUAACAACUGAUAUUAAAGAAUUGAUGUUAGAUUCCGGAAACACUUUUUUGAGGAAUUUAUUUGCAGCACAUAUAUCACCAGUAGCUCAAAAUAGUAGCCGUAAAACUGUGUCAUUAAGCUACCAAUUCAAGACUUCACUGGAUUCUUUGAUGAAAACAUUAUACGCCUGUCAUCCAUUUUUCGUACGAUGCAUUAAGCCUAACGAUUUCAAAAAACCCAGAUUGUUGAACAGAGAUCUAUGCGUUCGUCAAUUAAGAUAUGCUGGGCUAAUGGAGACUGCAAAAAUACGACAAGCAGGAUUUCCCAUUCGUUAUUCAUACGCGGAAUUCGUGUACCGAUAUCGACUAAUAGUCCCCGGCAUACCUCCAGCUGAGAAGACUGACUGCAAAAACGCUACUAAAAAAAUUUGUACUCAAGUUUUGCAAGAUCAAGAAUACCGCCUUGGUCAUACAAAAGUUUUUCUCAAAGAUUCCCAUGACGCUAUACUCGAAGAACUGCGUCAUAAAGUUUUGAUAACAGCAGUUAUAAAAGUGCAAGCGAAUGCAAGGAGAUUCAUCAACAGACAAAGGUUCCUCAAAAUGCGGGAAGCUGCUAUUGCUAUUCAGAAACACUUUAGAGCAAGAGGUUUUAGAAAGAGGUAUUUAACAAUGAAACGGGGAUACUCACGCUUGCAAGCAGCUAUCAAGUCGAGAGAAUUAAGGAGGACAUUUGUUAAUUUAAGAAAAUUCAUGACAAAAGUACAGGCUCAUGUUAGAGGCUAUUUAGUGAGAAAAUUAGUCAAAGAAAAAGGGCACAUAAUUAGUUCAAAAUUAUUAGAAUUCAAAGAAGACAAAGAGAAGCUACUUAGAAAUGGUAACUCUAUUACCAAGGCAGAAGACGACUAUGAGAAAAAGUAUUCAGAACUCAUGAGAUCCAUAUGGAUUAUUAAGGAUGUUACAAUUGAAAAUAACGUACAGAAUACGACUAUGAUAGAUGAUAGAUAUGUGGAUGAUGUAUUUGAUUUCUUAAAGGACACUACAACGCCAGCCGGAACCGUUCGUGGAACAGGAUUUGGCGUGACUAAAACUACCAAACCAGAAAUAGCAAGUGUAUUACCUCUCCCACAAGAGCUUGAAGAAGAAACGUUUGAUGAGUUCAAUUUUAGAAAAUUUGUUGCUACUUACUUCAAAGGCAACAUGAGUCAUUUGUAUUCUCGCCGACCACUAAAGGAUUCUCUUUUGGAACUACCGUCACCUAUUGAUGUAAAGGCUGCCCAAGCCCUUUGGAUAACUAUUCUCAGAUUCAUGGGAGAUCUGUCGGAACCAAAAUACGUAGAUGACAAGGUUGAUAAUAUACCCGUGAUGGCAAAAUUGACAGACACCGUCGGGCGAGCAUUUCACAAAAGCAAAGAGUUUGAAGAAUUAUUAAUGCAAGAUGGUCAUCAAAACAGAAAUAAAAUUAUUCAGAAAACACUAAAACGACAACCGAAAUUAAAUGAAGAUUUCAUGAAAAAUUUAUUAAAUGAUGAAGUUACAAAUGAAAUGUAUAAUAGUUGGUUAAAUUCAAGACGAAGUACUAAUUUGGAAAAAUUGCAUUUUAUUAUAGGACAUGGUAUUAUAAGAAAAGAAUUAAGGGACGAAAUAUAUUGUCAGUUGUGUAAGCAACUUACCAACAAUCCAUCAAAGGCAUCACAUGCUCGAGGUUGGAUACUUUUAUCAUUAUGCGUGGGUUGUUUUCCGCCAUCAGAACGAUUCGUAAAGUAUUUAAGAUCUUUCAUUCGUGAAGGCCCCCCCGGUUAUGCUCCAUAUUGCGAAGGUAGACUGGUAAGGACUUUCAAAAAUGGUUCAAGAACACAACCACCAAGUUGGUUAGAGUUGCAAGCUACGAAAACUAAAAAACCCAUUUUGCUAACUGUUACCCUUAUGGACGAAUCAAUGAAAACAGUACAGUCAGAUUCAGCAACAACUUCAGAGGAAACAUGUCAGCAAAUUGCUGAAAAUAUUGGCUUAACAGAUACGUUUGGAUUUUCACUUUACAUUACUCUUUAUGAUAAGGUUCUAUCUUUGGGUAGUGAAGGUGAACAUAUCAUGGAUGCAAUCUCUCAAUGUGAACAGUUUGCCAAAGAACAAGGAACCCCAGAAAAGAAAGCACCUUGGCGACUUUUCUUCAGAAAAGAAAUAUUCACACCGUGGCAUAAUCCGAUGGAGGAUCCCAUAGCGACAAAUCUGAUAUACUAUCAAGUAGCAAAAGGAGUGAAGUUUGGUGAAUAUAGAUGUGAUUCAGAAAGAGAUUUAGCAAUGAUUGCAGCACAGCAACAUUAUGUAGAAUUUGGUGCAAAUAUUGAUCCAAAUAUAUUGCGAAAAGUUAUUGUUAACUACAUACCAAAUCAAUUUUUACAAUCAAAUGAUGCUGCUUUGACGAAAUGGGAACAUCUUGUUACUAAGGCAUUUGAAUCUUCUCAAAGUAUUCAAUCUAAGGUAGAUCCACUAAGAUGCAAAGAAGAUAUUGUAAUAUUUGCAAAAUUAAAAUGGCCUAUGUUAUUUUCACGAUUUUUUGAAGCAAUGAAAAUAAAAGGAGAGUCAAUUAAUAAAGACAUUGUUAUAAUAGCUGUUAAUUGGACUGGUGUUUAUAUUGUCGACCAGCUUGAACAUAUUUUACUUGAAAUAUCUUAUGCUGAAGUUACAUAUGUUGCAUAUCAAGAAGAUAAAGAUUACGAUAACUUAGGAAAAAUUACUAUACGUACUAUACAACAGGAAGAAUUUGUAUUCCAAAGCAUUGAAGCCAGUGAAAUGAGUAUCUUAAUAAUUUAUUUGAUAGAUGGGUUAAAGAGACGAUCAUCUUAUGUUGUGGCACAAUCUGAUUCUCAAGGUUACAGCGACGCUUCAUCUUUCUUAGAAUACAAAAAAGGUGAUCUAAUUAUACUUUUGCAAGAUUGUACUGGAGAGACUUUGUUGAGUUCUACUUGGGGUCAUGGUCAAUGUAAUGGUCAGGAAGGCCUAUUCCCGACCGAGCAAGUAUAUAUUAUACCUACUAUGACACAACCUUCUAGUACAAUACUUGAGAUAUUCAAGAAAGGUAACAUAAACAAUGACAAGAAAUCCCUAUCAAAAUAUAAUACUAUCCAGAGAAAGCGAAUGCAUACUCUAGAAAAGUUUUCUAAGGAUAAUUUUAGAGAGGACAUCGACCCUAAUGCGACUAUAUCACGACAAUCUAUUUUAACAACCGCUAAGAAAGCGAUCUCGCCCGAUGUUUGGGCCCACACUAGAGAACCAAUUCGGAAACCACUAUUGAAGAAACUACAAGACAAUGAAAAUAUUGGAAAAUGUGCAGUGGCUGCUUUCUUUGCAAUUCUCAAAUACAUGGGCGAUAUUCCUGCGCCGAAAGCACGAUCGGUCACUGAGUAUACAGAUGAAAUAUUUAGAGCAGCUUUGACAGAACCCACUUUGCGAGACGAAAUCUAUUGCCAGAUAAUGAAACAACUGACAAAUAAUAGAAUUCAAUUAAGUGAAGAACGCGGCUGGGAAUUAAUGUGGCUUGCAACGGGAGUAUUUUCUUGCGGGCAGUUAUUACAAAAAGAAUUAGUUGAAUUUCUUAAGAGUCGGCCGCAUCCUAUUGCUAAGGUUUGCCUGAAACGAGUUUUUAGAAUUCAGAAAUCUGGACCAAGAAUAUAUGCACCAUAUAUCGUAGAAGUAGAAGCUAUUCAACACCGAAGUAUGCAAAUAUACCAUAAAGUAUAUUUCCCUGAUGAUACAGAUGAAGCAUUCGAAGUUGAGUCUUCAACUAAAGCAAAGGAUCUCUGCGAACAAAUCACCGGUCGUUUAAGUUUAAAGAAUAGUGAUGGAUUUAGCUUAUUUGUAAAGAUAGCAGACAAAGUCUUUUCUGUUCCUGAAAACUAUUAUUUCUUUGACUUUGUAUACGAACUUGUUGAAUGGAUGAAGCAGACACGACCAAUCCGCGGAGCUGUAACGAAUGUACAAUUAAACUACCAGAUAUUCUUUAUGAAAAAGUUAUGGAUCAAUACGGCUCCUGGAAAAGAUAAAAAUGCUGACCAAAUAUUUUAUUAUCCUCAAGAACUUCCUAAAUAUUUACGAGGUUAUCACAAAACCUCGAAGCAGGAUCUCGUGGAACUCGCUGCAUUGGUAUACCGAGCCCGAUUUGGAAAUGACCAGUCAAUGUUGCGGCAGAUAGAUAGCAUACUCACAGAUUUUAUACCUUCUGAUAUGGCUAAAAUCCAAUCAAAUUCUCAAUGGAAGACUAGUAUAAGCAAUGCUUACUUACAGCACAAUAAUAUGUCUGACUUUGAAGCUAAGGAGAAGUUCCUUAAUAAAAUAUAUCAAUUGCCAACUUUCGGUACCGCAUUCUUUGAAGUUAAGCAAACCUCUGAUCCGUCUUAUCCCGAACUGGUUGUAAUUGGCAUAAAUAAAAACGGAGUUAGUAUUAUUCACCCUCAAAGUCGGGAUGUAUUGGUGACUCAUCCAUUUUCUCAACUCUCAAACUGGUCCUCUGGAAAUACAUUUUUCCAUAUGACAAUGGGGAAUUUCCUCCGAGGUACAAAAAUACUGUGUGAAACUUCCUUAGGGUACAAAAUGGAUGACCUAAUAUCUUCUUACAUUGCUGUAUUGAGACAAUCAAUAGUACAAAAUCGUACUAAAACUGAUAGUCAACAAAGAUAAUUAUUUACUACAUUUAUUAUAAAUAUAGCAUUAUUUAAUAAAAUGUGUACGAGGUGUG